AUGGAGGAAGAAAAUGAAAAAGGCGAGGGAAGGACGAUGAAGGGCGUGAUAAAGAACAAGUAUUAUAUCUCCCCCCAGUUUUUGGACCAAAAGAAAGAAGCAGAAUACAACGCCCUGAGGAUACACAACAUAAAAGAAUAUAUCUGCAUCCACUUAACGGUGUCUCUAUUUAUUAUCCUAGUAGAAUUCUUCGCCUUUUCUGCAAACUUAACCAAAAAGGAUGCGUCAGUUAUGGAACAUUUUGUGGUUGUCUUCUCCCUUUUGAAUUGUUUGAUGCACGUGGUUGUGCUGAUAAAGGUUUCCUUUACCCCGGCCAAAAACUCCCAUUCGAAAAGUUUGUUUGUCGGGUAUAUCAUAAUUAACCAAGUGUUUCAAUUCUUGUCUCUCUACUUAUUUACGAAACAAAAUGAGGAGAAUAAGGCCGAUAGCACCCGUUUAAUCCUCUACAACAGCAACUUUAGUUUGUAUGUUCACUUCUUUGUAGAUUCAGUGUUUCUUCUAUGCCUGCCCACCCUCAACUUCCUCUCAACGCUGAUAUUUCUAAUCGGCUACUUAAUCAUGAACGCAGUGCUAAUGGCCCUGAUUAAGUUUUCCACGGCCAAAAUAGAGGUGGAGUUGUACUUCAUGUACAUACUAACCGUACUGCUGGUUAUGUUUACCAUUUUGAGAUAUUUGGCGGAAGAAAGAAAUCGAAUUUUGCUACACACGAUUAAAGACAUAGUUUGCAGUAAUUACAAAAAGGUGGGAGAUUUCAAAUCGACGUUCGACAAGGAAAAUGAGUCCAUCGCUGUUGAUAUAGCAAAGGAUGAUAACUACGACAAGAUGGAAGAGAAUUAUAAAUUUUUAUUUUCCGACAAAAGCUUUUUCUUUAACGAUUUUACGAUAAAUGCGUGUUAUAAGGACUACUACUCGGUGUCCUAUUUUUUAAAGCGAUUAUUAAUUGGGUGUGGUUCUAACAAAAACAAAGAAAUGAAAAAAAAUAUAAAUGAGGAAAAAAAAAAAUUCCAAAAUGUGAAAAAACACCUGAACGAGUCAGACAUUUUAACCAUAGCAUACGAAACAGACGUGUUAAAAAAUGUGAAAAAAAUAAAUUCAGACGAAAUAGGAAGAAACUGGGAUUAUUCCUUUAUCGAUUCUGAGCAUGGGAAAUCGACUCUCGUCAUUUUACAAGUGGGUUAUCAUUUAAUUAGUCCAUACAUGGAAAACAAUGAAAAAAAAAAAAAAAAAUUACAGUUAUUUUUGUUGUUAAUAAACAAUAUGUACUUCCCCAAUCCCUACCACAACGCGAAUCAUGGUGCAACCGUUUGCCACCUUUCAAAAUGUCUUGCACACAUGACCGAUUUUGACAAGAGCUUAAAUAACACCUACAUGAUUUGUUAUUUAAUUGCGUCCAUAGCACAUGACGUGGGGCACCCCGGGAAAACAAACGCCUACCUCACAGAAACGAACCACAUAUUAUCCAUUAGAUAUAAUGACAUGAGCAUUUUAGAAAACUACCACUGUAGUAUCACCUUUUCCAUUUUGCAACUCAUUGGGCAUGACUUUUUAAUAAAUAAUGAGGACACUAAACUGGUGGAAAAAAACAAUUACACGAAUUUGAGAAAGUUUAUCAUCGAGUUAAUAAUUGCGACGGACAUGAAAUUGCACUUUGAAUAUGUGGACAUUUUUAAGAAGCGAAAGAGGAGCGAGAAUUUUGACAUUAGUGACAGGGACGCCAUUAAUUUGGGCACGAUCAACAUCAAGGUGGCGGACAUUGGGCACACGUGCUUGAAGUGGCGCGACCACGCCAAGUGGACCAUGCUCGUGAGUGAGGAGUUCUUUUUGCAGAAGAAGGACGAGGAGCUGCAUCGGAAGAACAAGAGCAUGGGCGCCUACCAGUGUACCCCCCGGGGGAACGAGCAGUCCAUCGACGAAGCCAUGAUUUUCAAUUAUGAAAAUAUAUACAUCAACUACAUCAACAAUAUCAACAACGUUAACAAUUACGACUUUAGUUACAUCAAACUGAAUUUUAUACACGACCAUGAUUUUGUGAAAAGUAUACCCAGCACCCAAGUCUAUUUCUUUGAAAUUAUUGUAAUGCCUUUAAUUCAAGAAUUACAAUCCAUGGAAAAGGCAAAAAAGGAGAUAACGCAAAAAGUGCUUCACAAUUUAAACGUUAACCUAAAGGCAUGGAGAUUAAUUGAGAAAAAUAUUAACCUCUUUUACAAUACGGACAAAAUGAGAGUCACAGAUUAUUACAAAAAUUUAGAAAAAAAAAAAUUGCUAAGGGGAAUUAUUAGCCUCUUAGACAUCGGUGAAGAGGAUGUCAUAUCCUUGACAGAGAAUUACAGUCAGGAGGAAAAUGUCCAGCAGCCAGAGGAAGAAAAGAAGGAAAAAAAAAGGGCAGCAGGGUAA